AUGGGUGGCGGGCUGCUGGUGGACAUGAUGAAGCGGGCCGUGCAGAACAAGCAGUACGCGGAGAUCGACCACGCCAUCAAGACCAAGGUGGAGCCCUUCCUGUACAACCGGGGCAAGGGCCGCUACAUCCCCGUCUCGCACGUCGUGCUGCUGCGCAACAAGGAGCGGCCCCGCCACAAGCUGCUGCCGCCGCUGCGCGGCAUGGAGAACCCGGACGAGGAGUUCGACAUCGAGAAGGACUGGCCGCAUGUCACGCAGGAGGAGUACGACGCCAACCCCUCCAACUACCGCGAGCUCUGCUGGGACCUCAAGGAACGUGGCGCCGUGGGCGAGACGAUCCUGCACCUGUGCCUGCUGAACGCCACGUCGCUGCUGGCCGACCUGGCCAAGCGACUGCUGCGCUUCUAUCCCAAGCUCAUCAACGACGUGUACAUGAGCGACGAGUACUACGGCGAGAGCGUGCUCCACAUGACGAUCACGAACGAGGACCCGACGAUGGUGAAGUUCUUCCUGGACGCGGGCGCCGACUACCACGAGCGCUGCUACGGCAACUUCAUGUGCCCCGAGGACCAGAAGGCCUCGCGCUUCGACUCGCAGGACCACGAGUGGGUCAACGUGCAGUACAACACCAACUACGACGGGUACGUGUACUGGGGCGAGUACCCGCUGAGCUUCGCGGCGUGCCUGGGCCAGGAGGAGUGCUACCGGCUGAUCCUGGCGCGCGGCGCCAACCCCGACCUGCAGGACACCAACGGCAACACCGUGCUGCACAUGCUCGUCAUCUACCAGAAGAUGAGUACCUUCGACAUGGCGUACGAGGUGGGCGCGUCGCUCCAAAUCCGCAACGUGCAGAACCUGACGCCGCUGACGCUGGCCGCCAAGCUGGCGCGCACCGAGCUGUUCUUCCACAUCCUCAACAUCGAGCGCGAGAUCUACUGGCAGAUCGGCGCCACCACCUGCGCAGCCUACCCGCUCGGCGGAGUGGAUACCAUCGACACCGAGACGGGCCUCAUUAAUAAGGAUUCUGCUCUCAACUUGGUUGUUUUCGGGGAAAAAGACGAGCACCUGGAGCUGCUAGAAGGCAUGUUGAUCGACCUGCUGAAGACUAAGUGGAACACGUUCGUGAAGUUCCGCUUCUACCGGCAGUUCAUCCUGUUCUCGUGCUACUUCCUCGUGAGCCUGGUCUGCUUUACUCUGCGGCCCGGCCCGCCACCAGAACACGUCGCGCUCAACACCACAACGCUCAAUUCUACUGCUAACAAUGAUACUGACAUUGCUACGGAUGCUGAAAACUGCACUGCCUCGUUAAAUCCGGUUGAAAUAGAUCCGGGAGCCGUGGAGAUAUUAAACGUAACUAAACCCGACAGUGGUGCCUGUGCUCAUUUUAAAAGCCAUCCCAAGGAAAAGGAUAAACCAACCGAACCACCAAAGGAGACCGAUAUGGAAGACUGGUGGGAAGGCCUUACAGAGGAGUGCAGACUGAUGAACUUUGAUUCUUGGCAAGCAAAAGUUAGAAUUUCUGCAGAGCUUUUGCUUUGGCUGGGAGCACUGGCUUACAUCGGAGCAGCGUUAAGAGAAGCAAGAUUUCUGGGUCUGAAAAUGUUUGUUGAGAAUUUGAGCACUGUGCCAUCCAGGGUGAUGUUCCUGUUCUCUUGUCUAUUGAUGGUGGCGCUGCCGACGCUGCGGCUGUGGUGCGCCGACGAGGCGGAGGACCACCUCGCCGUCAUCAUCAUGCUCACUACUGCCCCCUACUUCCUGUUCUUCUGCAGAGGUUUCAAGACUGUGGGUCCGUUCGUGGUGAUGAUUUACAGAAUGGUGAUGGGAGACCUGCUGCGGUUCGUCUGCAUUUAUCUAGUCUUUGUAAUGGGCUUUUCACAAGCAUACUAUAUAAUCUUCCUGUCGUUCGAUAACCCUCAAACGCCGGAGGGCGUGGACGACUCGGUGUCCAACCCCAUGCCGUCGCCCAUGGAGAGCAUCAUGGCCAUGUUCCUCAUGUCGCUCACCUCCUUCUCCGACUACUACGGCGCCUUCGACCGCACCGACCACGAGAUAGAAGCCAAGCUCCUGUUCGUAAUAUACAUGAUAAUCGUGGCCAUCCUCCUGGUGAACAUGCUGAUCGCCAUGAUGGGCAACACGUACCAGAAGAUCGCGGAGACGCGCAACGAGUGGCAGCGGCAGUGGGCGCGCAUCGUGCUGGUGGUGGAGCGCGGCGUGCCGCCCGCGCAGCGCCACAGCCAGCUCAUGUCCUACUCGCAGCCGAUGGCCAGCGGCAAGCGAGCUCUCGUCUUGAGGAUCAAUCAAAAGGAUGAGGAUAAAGAAGAAAUGAAAGAGAUCCUGGAAAUGAAACGGACCCACGAGCGCAUCGUGGCUAAGAGACACCAGCGCGCGGCCGAGCUGCAAGCCUCGCAUGGCCGCGCGCCCCCGCCGCCCGUCCGUGAUUACCCUAUUAGGAAAUAAACAUGCAUUCAAGCGAGAGAGGGUCAUGUAGGUCAUGACCCUCCCCCGGGGCUUAGCUGGGUAGACAAAUGGACUACGUGACCCCCAUGCGAAAAAAACCAACAAGUUGACCAGUUAACCCACCCCUGCAAAAUAGAUUCGCCUUUGCAAGCAUUUUGUGCAGCCUAGUGGCGUGCUUAUAGUAUAGGGUGACAAUUCAGGAAAAAAUCCCCUAGCCUUUGUCUCGGAGAAUGCCCCAAUUUUGAGCAGAGGCUGUGAACAUAAUCCCGCAUUGCAUCCUCCGAUUGAACUCUUGUGUAGAGGCCUAGGACCUGUAGUUUAGGGUACAAUCGCCAUACAGGCCCUUACGGUAAGCAACCGACACUGGAGUGAUAGGAAGGAGUGAUUGAGAGUGAUAACUACGAUAUGUCACAGAAGAUCAACUUGUAAUCUCAGGCCCAGGGUAUCUAGACAAGUUGCAAAUUGAUUGUAUAUCUCUCUACCACUCUCACGUAUAUUGCUAGAACUCUAUGAUGUUUCUUAUAGGCACCUAGAUACUAGCACUUACUCCUGCGUUAACAGAGCGUAAACCUACUACUUACUAUGAACCUACUUAUUAUAUUUAUUAUUUAUUACCUAUAAGGGUAUACCUAUGUAUAUAUAACUGUAUUAUAUAUAUGUAAAUUUAUAAAUGACGACAGACACCUCAUACACGUAUCUAACUUAUUAUCGUCACUUUGGUAGCCUAGUGUUCCAAUUGGUUAGCCCGUAGCCGGUACAGUUACUUAACAUUGUUUGCUCAGGGCAUUUAGCGUUCCUAUACGCCAAGUUUGUGUCAUUACUCGCAAGUAAGUGCCUAUGUGCCUACACUCCAUAAUACAUGCGUCUUCAAUAAUAUAACCCAAAUAUAAUCGCUGUCAUAAAUAUUAAUGCUUUAAUACAAUGGUUUUAAAAGUGUGAGUGCCGUAAAACCUUUUUUAGAGAAAUUUGUAUUAUUAAAUAUUCAAAAUUCUUGUUACGAAAUUAUAUUCAAUAGUUGCGUUUGUAGAUAAACGAAGGUGCUAAUUAUGACCCUCCGCAAACGACGUCGUUCACCGGGCAAAUUUCACUGUUACCUCAUUGUUUGUAACUUCAACCUCUAUUUGGGCUACCUACUCUUGCUCGGACGGAUUUUUGUGUAUUCCUGAGGUCUGCGCAUUACGCCAAAACUCAUACCUUCACACUGAACCAUGUAGAGGGGAGGGCGGGGUUAGAAGUUACGAUUCUAAUUAAAUGCCUCUUACUAGUUACAUUAUAACUAUAACAUAUUUAAGAAAUGGUUAUUAGCGUUUUUGAAAAGUGACAUUUAAUUGUUCUGUUUAUAGGCACGUUUAAGAAAUUGCUUUUCUUUCCAGAACAUGUUUAAUGAGAUUGCUCCUCCGAUUUAAACUAACUAAUCCAAGAAAAAUAAUAUACUCUUUGUCCCCUAAAGAGACUGAUUACCAAUGUAUCGAAAUACUUAUGUGAUUCGUAAUUAUUCUUUCGUUCAUAAAUUAAAAUCAAUAAAAAUAAAAAUAUAACCUACACAAAACUGUCGUCAUUUUAGUAAAACUGAAAAUGCCCCUGAAGUUACAUGGUAGGUACUAAUCCUAAACCGCUCCGUUCCGAUGAGAAUAAAAACGCCAGUAAGUUUUUAUUCUCAUCGGAACAUCUUUCCUCCGGCGCCCGGCACUGUAACCCCGAUCUCCCCUACCUAUUCGCGACGACGGUUGUUCUCUAUUGACACGCCGACCGCCGCGCCAUCGUACGUUGACUUUGACAGUUCUUUCAUCAAACCAAUGUUAGAUUAUUGGGUAAUCACUGAACAAGCAUUGAUUCAUGAUUUGGAAUUAACGUUGAAGGUCAUAGUCUCAGUCAACACACGGUCAGGUCAGUUUGAUCAAAACAUUAUGGAAACACUCAUUGAAAGCAUUUUGAUCUUGGAAAUGAUUAACCUCCUGCCUACCAGAGGUACUUUUUUAUAGUAUAUUUUUGAAACUUUCACAUAAUGUUGCUUAAGGUUAGAGAUGUAUUGGAAAAAUAUGGAAAAAAAUCCUACACUUUCCCAACCAGCUUUUCCUUACGUCCUUUACAAAGGACAUCAGUGCCCAAUUAAGUUGUACUUUGGAAAGGACAUAAC